UGUAUUCUGUGGAUCAUGUCUUUAGUGAAAGUAAUCAAUGUCGGAAGUAUUGGUUUGGAAAUCGCUAAUCGAAUAUAUUGGUUUCUUCGUCCAGAUAAAUAUUCUGUUAGUAAUCAAACUGGUGGGAAUUUUGUAACGCGUUGUGCUGUAAUUUGUGCUGUAAACUUUCAAGUUUACAAACAAAUUUUACGUUAGGGGCGUCUUGGAAGAGACGCCAACGCCAACUGGAAGGAGAAAGAUGGCGGAUAUAAAGAUUCAUCCUGUUGACAAUUUGCAUACCAAAAACGGGAACUUUAUUUGUGGAGUUGUGGAAGGUUUUUAUGGAAGACCGUGGACUACAGAACAGAGAAAAGAUUUGUUCCAAAAGUUGAAGAAAUGGGGAAUGGAAUCUUACCUUUAUGCCCCUAAGGAUGACUAUAAGCAUCGCGCUUAUUGGCGAGAGCUGUACACUGUGGAAGAAGCUGAACACCUCACAGGACUGAUUUCUUCAGCCCGGGAUAAUGGCAUUACAUUUUAUUAUGCUUUGUCCCCUGGUCUGGACAUAACGUACUCUAGUACUAAGGAAAUGACUGCUUUGAAGCGAAAACUGGAGCAAGUGUCACAGUUUGGCUGCACUGCCUAUGCCCUUCUUUUCGAUGAUAUUGAGCCAGAAAUGUGUGAGGCUGACAAAGAAGUUUUCCAGUCAUUUGCUUAUGCUCAGGUGUCUGUGAGUAAUGAAGUUUUUCAGCAUUUGGGCCAGCCUCAUUUUAUGUUGUGUCCCACACAGUACUGUGCAGCUCGAGCCACUCCUAAUGUCCAGAACUCAGAAUACCUCAACACACUAGGGUCUAAACUUGCACCUGAAAUAGACAUAAUGUGGACGGGUCCAAAGGUAAUUUCUCGACUAUUAACAAUUGAGUCCAUAGAAGAGAUAACAGAUGUGUUACGCCGCCCUCCUGUUAUUUGGGAUAAUCUCCAUGCCAAUGAUUAUGACCAGAAACGAGUAUUUCUGGGACCAUAUUCAGGACGUUCUCCAGAUCUUAUUCCUAAGUUAAGGGGAGUGCUUACCAAUCCCAACUGUGAAUAUGGAGCUAAUUUUGUGGCCAUUCAUACACUAGCACAAUGGAGCAGGUGUAAUGUGGAUGGAAAGAGAGACCCUAGUAUUAAUGAUUCAGUGAGUGCUGAUAUCAAACUUGAGACAGAGACUGAGGAUGGAGGGGUUGGAGAGGAUGUACCUUCUACCCUCUCCCCCAACAUGUACCAUCCUCGGCGUGCCCUUCGAAAUGCCAUAAAUGAGUGGUUAGAGGAGUUUGGUAGGCCGAAAGCAGCCUGGGGACCCAUUGCCAAACCUCAGCAGUUGGUUGCUGCUGCAAUUCCUCUUCCUAUCAUUUCAUCUAUUAACACUUGUAUGAGUCUGACAACAACCACUACCAGCUGCUCAUCUGGCAGUAUUCCAGUUGUUAAUUCCAAUCAGUUGCAAGCCUUGGCAGAAGUCUGCAGCUCGGUAACCAGCAAUAACACAGAUAGUAUGAUACAGCCAGGCCCUGGUGCAGUUAUGAACUCAUUAGUCUCUGAAACUAAGGUCAUAUGCAAGGAUUCUAGUGCAGCUUCAAACCCUCCCAUUAUCAGUGGCACAAGUACUACUAAUAUCUCUUCAUCUGAACCUAUGGAUUGUAACCAGACACCGCCUUAUUCAUCUCCCACACAUAUAACCAAGAGCUCUUUAGAGGGGGGUGAAGAUGUCUCCAUGGCUGAGACUGUGUCUUCCACAGCUGUAACAGGGACAAGUAUGCAUGGCGAACAGGUUCAUCCCACCAAUAACUGCACUUCAAGUACGAUGAUAGUGGAAUGUACAAAUGUUGGCAAUACCAGCCUGCAGGAAAGGACGGAAAUAGAGCAGCUUACUCAUGAGGACCUAGCUUUGUUAUGUGAUCUGUUCUAUCUUCCAUUUGAACAUGGUGGCCAAGGAUUGCAGCUGCUACAUGAAUUCAAUUGGUUGAAGGGUAAUGCACAUCUUGUUAUGCAUGCCAACUGCACAAAAAGGAAUGUAGCAGCAGCUCAGGAAGCACCUAAUAAACCAGAGGUUAUUGAAUGGCUGGAACGAGCAGCUCGUUUGGAAGACAUGAGUUCUGCUCUGAAUCGUCUCUUUCGAAGACUGACGUUCUGUGCCAACAGGGAGCUUUUGUAUGAUCUCUACCCUUACGUGUGGGAUGUGCGUGGUGUUGUAUCACUUCUUAAUUCCUAUAUCAAAUGGCUUGCGAGUGGCCAGUACCCGCACGUGAUGGCAACCUUCACGCUUGGCAGCUACACAUGGUUCUCCAAGGGCUGGAAGGAGACAUUUAUGAGUGGAGAACAGGAACCUUGGGUUUUCAGGGGAGGCCUCACAGCAGACCUGCAAAGAUUGAUUCCGGUUGACUCAGGAAAUGACUUGUUCAUCUACAAGCCACCAGACGUUCCAAGCAGCAAGAUUUACACCAUCCGCCCGUACUUGCCAGUAGAUGAGACUCAUAUCUAUGACAUUUGCCGACGCACGUGUAUGGAUGGUAUGGAUGGAACUGACUGUUUCCGCGAUUGCCCAGAUAUUGUUGGUGACAAGUUUGUUGGUGGUUUCCUCACAUUGACACCUGAAUUCUGCUUUGUGGUGGAGGAUGAUGUUGGUUUGGUAGGUUAUGCUUUAGCUGCUCUGGAUUCAAAACAGUUUCACAAGAAACUUGAGCUUUCCUGGAUUCCUGAAAUGUGCCAUAAAUAUCCCAAGCCUGAGAAGAGUUCUGGGGAAACACUGUCCAACACAGAGGACUUCAGAAUGUGGUUCCACACUCUCAAGGGAGAAGUACCAGAGUCUAUACAUAAUCAGCAUCCUUCUGUUAUGUGUUGUUCGCUGCUGACCAAUGUAUUUGAUCAGAGUGUGGCAAAGAGAUUAGUUACCUGUCUUUUGGCAGCACUACGCGCCAAUGGUUCAUUUGGUGUGCAUGUGCAAGUAAACUCCAAGGAUCGAUAUAUGAUCGAAUUCUAUGGCAAACUAGGUUUCUUGGAACUUAGCCCUGGUCUCAGCCCUGAUACAACGUAUGUGGGACGAGCAUUUUGAACAUGAUCAUCAUUCCAGUUUGAUCCUUGUGUACAUUGAAUAUGUGUAUAUAGAGUGCAGAAACCUUUAUUCCAGUUGUGUGAUUCAUACUGAUAGGAUAAUUUGUUUGACAGCAGUACAGAACUUUGUGUUGUGUUUCCAGUCAAGUUACUAUAUUCUUGCACAAUAUCAGAACUCUCUUAUCUGUGUAAUACUGAUAAGUUCGGUUACCAAGCCAAGCAAAAACAAAUUUUGGAGGUGUAAGGUAGCAGAUUUACAAAUCAUAUAAAAUUGCCAUUCUUCGCGAUUCUGUAAAACUGUUUAUCCACAAAGGUUGUAUCGUGGCAUUAAUUGAUCCUUUGAAGCACUAUAAAUGAAGAUUGUAUCUACUGAAGGAAUUAGCAUUGGUUCUAGAGUAUAAUUGGUGUGACUAGGGAGAUUUCCUAUACAAGACGACUUUCAUUACUAUUAUCCACGGGAAACAAUAAAGGAAUUUGAAUGUGGACACUUCCAUUUCAAAAUACACAAUUCUUUUACUGGAGUAAAUGCAAGCACAUAACAAAACCAAUUUAUUGGUAAAGUUUUACUGUUUUACCAUUUUCUCUGUUCAUUCAGUCAUCUUCAUCCAUUAAUGGAGAUUUCUGCCAAAAUGUCAUCCACAAGAACUAACCAUGUCACUGUAGGAUUUGAGGUUUUCGUGGCUGUGAGUCCGAAAAUGGCUAACUACUGGGUCGUAGCGCAAUGUGGUUUGGUAGAAGUUUACCGACAUUUUAGAGGUCCUUGCUGUCUCCAUCAUCAGGGUGAUGAGUUUCCAUGUUGAUGGAGGCAGUGAGGACCUCUGAAACAUCGAUUACUUCUACCAGACUACAUGGCGUUGCAACCUAGAAGAUGGCCAUCUUCCAACCAUGUAAUGUUUGGGAUUUCUUGAAACCAUGAACAGGUCCUGUAUUCCAAACAUGAAGUACUCAACUACACUGGUAGCUGACUGGCAGGAGGGAAGGGGCUUGGGCACUGUAAUAAACUGUUGUGAAUUUCCUAGCCUAAUUCUUCUUCUUCUUCUUCCAAUUAGUACAAAAAAUCACCUGGAGAAUAUGGUAAUGUGUAUUUUCCAUUACAGAUUUUUUAAUAUGGAAAAAUUAAUUUGUCCUGUGUUUGAAAGAGUGGUUCUAAAUAUUGUGAAACAGUUGUGCUUUGUCCUCUUAUUAAUUAAUGCUUCAAAGACUUAACCAGAAAAUACAUUUUUACCACAUAGUGUAAGUGUGCAUGUAUGUGCAUUUUUUCAGCCUAAAAUCAUAGCAAUUUUUAUUGUAUUUCUAUAGUAUAAGAUUGUUCAAAAUGGUGGGAACUGCCAGUCAGUAGCAUUUGGAUUUGGAGCAGAGUGCAGAACAACAGUGUUCAUGUCAUGGGCAAGUGCUAACAUUUGUCUCACUAAUGAACUUCUCUCAUAAUUGAAUUCAUCAUGCAGAGAGAAAUGAUUCUUAUUAUAUCUAUUUCUGAUAUAAUACAAGUGUUUGGCUGAAGUUGUUAUUGUACAUUAUUUUCACAAAAAUGUACGAAAUUAAGAGACACACUGUGCUGUCUUGUCUGCUCAGAAGCUUCAGGUACAAAACUGCUUGAUUGAUCCACACUGAAGGUUAUCAGGGAAGUAAAUUUGUGUUCAUAUCUUUCCAAUACAACUCCUGCAAAACAUGAAACAGAAAUGAAAUUUAUGAUUUUCUGAAAACUAGCUUAUUGUACAAAAACAUUCAUGUGUAUAAUUUGUUUUACUCGGUGCAGUAUGUCAGUACUGCAGUAGAUUUUUAUUUGUGCUAAAUGAACAUCAAAUCCAGUGAGAUAUUUGAGGAACUCAUAUAGAAAAUAUGUUUACUUUAAAUUUGAUUAUACAUUUGACCUCUUAGUGUGAAAUCAAAUCUGUCUUCUGAGUUAAUAUAUUUCUUUGAUCUGUAAUUUUUGUAAUAUAAACAGUUUUCUGUGGGCUGUUGAGAAUUCACAUUAAACUCCUGUAUGCCAUAGUUGGGGUGAGUGCUGAUACCCCCAAACAUGUUACACUUACACUGAUUACAUAUUAAUUUUGGGACACUUGGACUAUAUAGCUUUAAGGGAUGUUUCAUUGUUCUUGAUAGUUCAAGAGUGUCGGCAGGUCAUUUACUUAUCUGUAAUGUGAAAACAAUCCUGAGUUGUGGAAUUGGCUGUUUUUCUGUUCAAAUUUCAGUUGUACUGGUCAUGAAGUCUGAUAAAGAUUUCUUCAUUUCACUGUAAUUGUAUUGCACAUUACCCACUGAAGGGGUCAGUUUCCAUGAACAAAAAAAUUGGCCCUCAUUCAACAUGUCUGGAUGUAAGUUCCAUAUGGGCCCAUGUACUUCGGAGGGAAAUUUUCCGAAUGUAUUGAGUUUAUUGAACUGUGUGGAGUGUGUUUGUAUGCAUACACACACAUUUGCAUGUGCUCGUAUGUGUAUAUACAUACACGCAGAUGGUCCCUUCCGAGCACUUUGGUUAUUGUCAGAAUAAUAAAGCAGCUCACCUGAAGAUAGAAUGGCACCAGAUGAAACACAGUUGACAGUGUGUGACAUAAUUAUAGUAUAAUGAGUUGACCAUUCUCAUGAAUAUUUAGAGAAUGUAUCUUGUUAUUUCUGCCAAAUUCUUUAUUGUGGCUCAUGGUGUUGGGUUUUGAUCCCAGUUUAUUUUUUUUUUGCUCAUAACUUGUGUCUGCUGUGGUCUUUUUUGGUUUUAUCGGUUUCCUAUGUUUUUUUUAUUGUGUAUGUCUAAUUAAAUUUUACAGAAAAAGUGACAAGGACACUCUCUUUGGAUGUAAGAUAUAAAUUAGUAUUCUCACCCCAGCUGUUUGGUUAAUAUCUUGAGCAUUAACUAUAGUACACAAGAGUGAGGAAGUUCCUGGGAUGUAUGUGACCAAGGAAGUCACAUGCUACACUACUAGAAGACCAGAAAACAUUGUGCUUGUUCUGAUUUGGGAUAAACUUUACUGGUAAUAAUUUAAAAUACUGCGUGUUAUAAAAUAGUCAGAAAAAAUAAAACAAGUAAAUGAAUGAUGAUGCUAUGGACAGCAGAGCCAAUGAAAAUGAUAAAGAUGUGCACUCAGGAGUAGGGGGUAAUGCAUUGUGUAUAUCAUCACUUGCCCGCCAGGGACUUUCACUCUUGUGGUCAGUACAUAGAUGCAUUUGCCAGAGAGCCGCUUUGUUUUUAUCACCAUAACUUUGUUGACUGAAUCCUUCUACGUAUUUAGUAUUAAAGAGUUAGUAUUUAAGUUAUGUGAAAUUGAUACUUGUUUUGCUGUUUAUGUCAGUUUCAUUGAAAAAUUAUAACAAAUUGUAAGGCUUGGCAAAGACAGACUUAACUAUGAGUGAAUAUGAUUUUGAAAAUGGCGAUAUCACUGCCAGCUGCUGUAGACACAUCUUGUAGUCACUCACUGUAACACCAAAACCUCUUUGAGCCUUUUACUUUCUAGUAAGAUAACUUCUCAUUUUUGUUUUUUUACAAGUACAGGUUAAAUAUAUUCACAACAUUUGUGUGAACACUUGAUUUGUAUUAUCUUAUAAUACCAUGAUAUGUGUCAUGGUUCAUAAUGUUUCUGAUAUUAUGGAAUUCUUAUGACAUUGAAUGUAAGAAGACAAUGUGGUCCCUGCAAUGUUCGCUCAUGCGAGUUCCAUUUUGACUGAUUCUUCUGUGUUCUUUGUACAGACUCUGUAGAAUGAAUGCAUAAUGUAGAGAUCAUGCCUGUCUGUUCAUCUGUCUACAUUUUAUCCCUAAAAUUAUGUGCCUGUAGUGGAAGUUGUUAGGCAAGUUUUGUUUUGGUUUCUGUCUCACCAGUGUAAGUUUUACUUUAUAUGAAAUGAAAAUCAAACAUUACCAUUUUCUAAAAUUGGUUCAUCAUAAAAGUAUGGUGUGUUUUUAGUAAAAUUCAGGGAACAAUAGUUGAUGACUUGUAUGUUGUGUGAUCACCUUUUCUGAAUUUAUUUGUACAUGAACACUA